AUGUCCCAACCCCCUGCUUAUUCGCCGCCUGGCAACAAUCCUCCGAACCCGGAUAGACGACCUCUCCCUGGAGGCUGGGUUGAGCGGUAUGACGAAAACUACCACGCCUGGUUCUAUGUGAACACCUAUGAAAACCCUCCUCGCUCCUCUUGGGAGCACCCACUGGGCCCGGCUCCGCCCCAGCAGCCAAGUGGAUACGGGCCCCCUCCCGGUCCGCCGCCACCUAGCCGCUCCCCCUACCCUCCCCAGGGAGGCUACAACCAGAGCUACGGUCAGCCCCCGCCUCAGCAAUGGAACCAGCCCCCUCCCGGUCCUGGAUACUACGGAAGCCCACCUCCCCAAGCUGGGUACGGCGGAGGGUACGGGCCGCCACCGCAGGAGAACCGAGGCUGGUUCGGCUCGAAUAGCCCUCAGCCAACCACGGCUUACCAGCAGCAGGCCCCUCCGAAGAAGUCCGGCCCUGGGAUGGGAACUGCUCUCCUCGCCGGUGGCGCGGGGUUAGUCGGAGGCGCUCUCCUGAUGGAUGCAUUCGAGGAUCACGAAGACCACGAACGCGAGCAGGCUUACGAUGCUGGCUACGAUCAAGGAUUCGACAACGGUGUGGACGCAGGCGAUGGUGGAGAUUGGUAA